CUUUUUUUAUUUUUUUUAUUUUUUUAUUUUUUAUUAAAUCUUUUGAAUGAUCAUGUUGCGGAAACAAUUAUCACCUUCGUCUGUUCUUGCUUGGUGGAGCAUGGUAUCCUUACUUUCUGCAGCAGGACUUGUUCAGGCACAGGAACCAACACAACCAUCUCCAACACAAGAACCUACAACGACAGCAGCGCCCACAACAACCACAACCACAACCACAACAACAACAACGACAACAACGACCGAUCCAGUCUACACCACCACAACCGAUCCUGUUACUUCCUUUACCCUCCCCUCUUCUGCCUCCUCCACUUUUACCUCUCUUCCCUCCCCUUCCACUGACGGUCCUGUCAUCCCUCCUACAUUCUCCCAAUCCAUCUCCUCUCCUUCUUCCUUUAGUCCUACUUCUACUCCAAACCCUACACCGAUUGUCCCUCCAGGAAGUCGCGAUCCAUCACCCCGCAAUAAUGUUCCCGUGAUCGUUGGCUCUGUCGUUGGUGCUCUAGCUCUAAUUAUUAUUGCUGCAACCACCAUUAUCUGUUACCGACGCAAGAAACGUCAGAGCCAUGAGCUGACAUUUGAUAAUUUACAGGGCAUGAGUGCAACCGAUGCACGUGCUAAUCAACGACACACCAUUGGAUCCGAAACAGCAACUGCGGCUGGGGCUGGGGCUGGAGCCAUGGCCGGAGCCGUGGCAGGAGGAGCGAACGGAUACGGAAAUGCUGGAUAUGACGAUUACGGUUAUGACUAUGAAAACCAAUCAAACAUCGGUGGGGGUAUUCAUCCAGGAUAUGGCGCUCAUCCUAUGGGAGGAGGAGGAUAUGGUGGUGAUAUGGGAUAUGAUCCCUAUGGAGCAACCCAGCAGGGUUAUCAAACCAACCCUUCCAUUUUCCAGGAAGAUUCUUUGGCAUAUUCAGGCGCCACGGGCAGGGGUCGUGGGAUGGGAUAUGAUCAGAAUAACUUGCCCGAGAUCAUGUAUAGGAAUGGCGAUGACCUGAGUCGACCUUCAGGUGAGGUUGCAACAGGUUAUUAUGAUGAGAGUAUGAUGUAUAAUCCAAAUGGAUAUGUUGGACCCCAAGAUAUGUGGGCUCCUGACCCUUCAGCCGUAGGAGGAGCAACAGCAGGAGCAGUAGCAGGAGCAGGAGCAGCAACAGGAGCAACAACAGGAUUAAAUUAUCAGCAGGGCUAUGACUAUCCCGGUUAUGAUCAGCAGCAAGGACCAGGACCCGCUUCAGCUGGUACUGCACAUGGUUAUGGAGAUAAUAAUGAAUUGUACUCUGGCACGCUGAGUUAUGAAAGGAACUCACUCAACCAUUUUGAGAAUUCAUCCGAUACUGCUGUAGGAUCCGUGGGUAGUCCUCGUAGCAAAUUCCGCGGUCAUAAUCCUCAGGCCCUACUAGAAGAGUCGCCCCGUCAACAUCAAUUAAGAGGCGGUGACCUGUUUGGACAAGAUGCUGAGAAUGCUCAACAGGCAGCUGUGUCCGCAUUGGCAGGAAGACCAAGUCAAGACGAUGGCACCACUUCCUCACCCGUCACGACAUCCAGUCCAAGACAGGGGGCGAGCAGGGGUGACAUGAGGAGCUUUGAGAUGACUAGACAGGCUCUUCCUAGAUCAUCGGGUGAGGCCCUAGGGGGUGUGCAGAGUUAUGCGGAUGAUUAUGCAGCCAGUCGAGGUUCUCUCUCUGCAGAUCGCCCCUCAAUGGACCAAACCGGAUCUGGGUCCUCAAACUUCAAUCCAAACAAGAGUUUGCGAUCAAAUCGUCGUGAGGACUGGUCAUAAAAAGAAAAAAGAAAAAAAAAAAAUUAGAGAAUGUUUAUAAUUCUUGUUUUAAUCAAAUCCUCAUGACUUUAUCGCUGCUCACUCUACUACCGUCAUCAUCGUCGUCGUCAUCGUCGUCGUCAUCGUCAUCGUCAUCGCUAUCACCAACACCAUCACCAUCCUCAUCCUCAACCUUUUUAUUACUAUUAUUAUUAUUAUUAUUAUUAUUAUUAUUAUUAUUAAUUGUUGGCCAUCAUUCCUAUUACAAUUCAACCUCAACAGUUUUUGGUAUUGCAUUUUUUUUUAUUUAUUUAUUUAUUUUUUUUUUACUCAAUAUCACUCCAACUCUGC